AUGGAUUCUGGUAUGGAGGAAAUGAUUAAAUUGGUAGGAUUAGGGUUGGAUGAUGCUCGUGUUGUGGGGAUAUGGGGGAUGGGUGGAAUAGGUAAGACAACUCUUGCAAGUGCUAUUUACGCCCAUAUCUCUUUCCAAUUUGAAGGUUGCAGCUUCAUUGAAAAUGUUAGAGAAGUUUUAGAAAAUGGUGGUCUGAAAACUCUACACGAACAACUCAUUUCCGAAAUCUUAAUGGAGAAAGAUAUGAAAGUAGGAAAUAUUGGUAGUGCCUUAAGUACGAUAAGGAACGGGAUAUGCCGUAAGAAGGUUCAUAUUGUUCUUGAUGAAGUGGAUGAAUCAACAGAAUUUGAAAAAUUGGUAGGAGAGCUUAAUUGGUUUGGUUUUGGAAGUAGAAUCAUUAUAACUACUAGAAAUCAACAUACAUUAAUCAGAUAUGGCAUAAAACAUAUUUAUAAGGUUGAGGAAUUAGGAGAAGAUGAAGCUAUAGAACUCUUUAAAUCGAAAGCCUUCAAGAAACACCAGCAAAUGGGAGGCUAUGGAGAACUUGUACAUUGUGCAGUAAAGUACGCUAAAGGAUUUCCUUUAGCUCUCAAAGUUUUGGAAAAUUACAAGCCAUAUGAAGAGAAGGAAUGGUAUUUCUUUACACCAAGAGAUCGAAAGUAUAAGAAUGGGAAGCGGCCAAAUCGAGCUGCCGGUGAUGGAUACUGGAAGGAUUUUGAUUCAAAGCUGAGGAUUGAGAGCAAUUCUUCCAAUACCCAGAUCUAA